AUGGCAAGCAAAGGAGGGUACAUCCUGCUCGGGCUCCUGUUCUUCCUGGCUGUCCUCUGCCAACUAGGUCACAGCCUGCAGUGCUACACCUGUGUUAACCAAGUUGACUGCACCACAGCCACCAACUGUUCACAUAAUCAAGAUGCUUGUCUCUACGUUAAGGCUGUGCCGCUAAAAUUUUACCGCCAGUGUUGGAGGUUUCAAGAUUGCAAUUUUGAGUCCAUUGCAAGAAUCUUAGGGGAGAAGGAGCUCCAGUAUCACUGCUGCCAGAAGAACCUGUGUAACAAAAGUGACGGGACAAGUAUAUCCGAGAAGACACCACUGCUGGUCACUCUGUUGCUAGUGGCAGUCUGCCGCUUUUAUCUCUAA